GUUAUUUUAGUUAAUGGGGCGCUUUGUGUCAAACUUAUCCACUCAAAUUUGUGUAGAUAGAGUUAUAUUUCAUCUUCGUAGUACAUUCACACAUAGUUAGCGGGAGACGAACUGUAUGUGAAUGAUCUAAUCGAUAAUGGGGGCUUUCGAUUCCAUGGGAACAAAGCUUAACAAUGCCCCUCAUUACCCUCGUCUUUCCCCUCUCCCUUCUGCUUCUUUCUGCAAAAAUUUCUCCGCUCUGGCCUUCUCUUCCUCAAUUUCUGCCCUAUAUGAUCCCAAUAACACCAUCUCUAAUGGACUUGAAAAUUAUGCAGUGGGUAGUAACAGCUAUGGCAGUUUAUUGGGUCUUCAUUUUUCUCUUUGCCCAAAACGAACUGGGUUAGUUUUUAGGCCGAUUUCGGCCCUGCCCGGAAGCGAAGAAUCUAAAUCCCCUGUUUCUGUUAGCAGCGACGGCCGAUUUAGUAUAAAACGGAGUGAAGAAGAAGAAGAAGAAGAAGAAGAAGAAGAAGAAGAAGAAGGUAUAGCCUAUGGAAUUGGGAGUUCAACAAUAAUAUCGUCGUGUUUCGUUGGUCUUCUUACAGGCAUCGGUGUCGUGCUCUUCAAUAACGCAGUGCAUGAGAUACGUGAUUUUUCCUGGGAUGGAAUUCCUAAUAGAGGGGCGUCCUGGUUAAGAGAAAUGCCCAUUCAAGAUAUAUGGAAACGAGUUAUAUUGGUUCCUGCUUGUGGGGGAUUUCUUGUUAGCUUUUUGAAUCUGCUUAGAGAUGCUACAGAUGUGAAACUGGAGCAACCUCAAGGGGAUGGCCCUUCCACAAAAUUUGGAGUCCCAGUUUCAAUUUCUAAUAAGUUCAAGGCUGCAUUGCAACCUUUCCUAAAGGCUGUUGCUGCUUCUGUAACCCUUGGUACUGGUAACUCUUUGGGACCGGAAGGUCCUAGCGUCGACAUUGGUACUUCUGUUGGCAAGGGUAUUUCCACUGUGUUUGACAAGAAUUCUAGAACAAAGCUUUCUUUGAUAGCUGCUGGAUCAGCAGCUGGAAUCUCAUCUGGGUUUAAUGCUGCAGUUGCUGGCUGUUUUUUUGCUAUUGAAUCAGUCUUGUGGCCAUCUCCUGCUGAUUCAACUAUUUCUCUCACAAACACCACUUCAAUGGUUAUAUUAAGUGCUGUUAUAGCUUCUGUAGUUUCACAAGUUGGUCUUGGAGUAGAACCAGCAUUCAAGGUCCCAGUUUAUGAUUUUCGAUCACCAAGUGAGCUUCCACUAUAUCUCUUGUUGGGUGUCCUCUGCGGCUUGGUUUCAUUGAGCUUUUCUAAAUGCACAUCUUACAUGCUUGCAACCGUCGACAAAUUUCAUAAGGACUUUGGCAUGCCGAAGGCUUUGUUCCCUAUUCUAGGUGGCUUCACUACUGGACUGAUAGCCUUGGCAUAUCCUGAAAUUCUGUAUUGGGGUUUUGAGAAUGUCGAUCUUUUGUUGGAAUCUCGGCCUUUUGUGAAACCCCUCUCAGCUGAAUUAUUGGCUCAGCUUGUUGUCAUCAAGAUUUUGGCCACCUCUUUGUGCAGAGCAUCUGGAUUAGUGGGAGGGUAUUAUGCACCAUCCCUGUUUAUUGGCGCCGCAACUGGAAUGGCAUAUGGGAAAUUCAUUGGCCUUGCACUUUCUGAGCCCAACACUGUAAUUGACUUCUCCAUUUUCGAAGUGGCGUCACCUCAAGCGUAUGGAUUGGUUGGAAUGGCUGCUACUCUUGCUGGGGUUUGUCAGGUGCCUCUUACUGCUGUUCUGUUGCUUUUUGAGUUGACACAAGAUUACCGAAUUGUUCUUCCUUUACUCGGGGCAGUGGGAGUGUCGUCAUGGAUCACUUCCGGGCAGAAAAGGAAAAGAAGUUCCCAGCAGACGAAGAAACUUCCCCCAGGGAGAAGUCUUACCAGUCAACAAUCUACAGCAUAUGAUAGUAAUUCAAACAACCAAUCUUCUAAUUAUGCAGAUGAUGGACAAACAAAUUACCCAAAUGAUCUGUGUGAAAUUGAAAGCUCGCUUUGUGCAUAUGAUUCUGAUAGUGAAACCGUAGAGUUGGAAAGGAAAAUAUUUGUGUCCGAAGCCAUGACAACGAAAUACAUUACCGUCCUCAUGGGCACUUUCCUCGUAGAAGCAGUAAAUCUAAUGCUUGCAGAGAAGCAGUCCUGUGCAUUGAUCGUGGAUGAAGAGAAUACUUUGAUUGGCAUAUUAGCGCUUGAAGACAUUCAAAAGUUAAGCAAAAAUGCUAAAUCAAGAAGUGAAGAACUAAAGGAGCUUGUAGUUUCUGAGAUUUGCUCACUAGAUGGGAAAAUAUGUCAAGUACCAUGGACGGCAACUCCGAGUAUGGAUAUUCUUACAGCUAAAAUGAUUAUGAAGAAUCUUGGUGUGACCCAAGUUCCAGUGGUGAGAGAUCAGAUGGGUUACCUUGUGGGUGUUUUAGACUGGGAGUGUAUUGACCUCACUUGCAGAAUUCUUGCAACAAGAGAAUCCCUGGGCUGAUGAUGGUUUUAACUGCUACAACAUUUGAGUUGACAGUAAAAACAAGGGGAGAAUGAAAGGUUCAAUACACAGAGAAUACAAAUCUCAAUACCAUUUUUUUAGGCUGCUAUUCAAUGCAGCAGAAAUCACAUAAUGGGUGAUUCAGUGGUCAAAAACACCAACAAAGCUAAAACCUUCUUUAUUUCUCUGGAAGCAAAGGCAAACCACACCACACCACACCACACCUAACAUGUGUAUGAUAUGUAGAUUGAUUUGUGAAAUGACUUUUGGAGCCACAUAGGUUUGUGAAAUGACUUAUUACUAUUAGAUGAAAAAUUGGCGAGUUGAAAAAAAUCUAUAUAAUGAAUGUAGAAAAAAAAAAUAUUCAUAACUUUAUCAAUUAACUAAUUUAAUCUA